AUGAGUUUGCUGAGCUAUGCAGUGUUUUUCGGCGUCUCCGCCCUUUUGAUUCAUUAUGGUAUGGAAAUGGUUCGUCCGAAAGAACCGAUUCAUGUAGUUGGAGAAGUUAACAGCAAAUUUGACAGCGUUCGAAAAGCUUUUGAGCAAAAUUUCAUAGAUGGAUGGGAAGCGGAGGGUGCUUCACUGGCCGUGUUUGUUAAAGGAAAAAAAGUUGUUGAUUUAUGGGGUGGAUACGCCGAUGUACAGGCUGCUAGGAAAUGGAGAAAGGACACACUGAGUGUUGUGUUCUCUACAACGAAAGCAGUGGCAGCGGUUUGCAUAGCGCUUCUAGCAGAUCGAGGAAGGUUAAAAUACGACGAUCUCGUUUCCAAGCACUGGCCAGGAUUCGCUAAAAAUGGGAAGGGGAACAUCACUAUUGAAUGGGUGAUGUCCCACAUGGCAGGACUUCACUACUUUGACACGCCAGUCACGGAAAAAAUGGCGAGGGAUCACAACCUCAUGAGAAAAAUAAUCGAGGAUGAGACCCCUAAAAUUCCUCCCGGAACAAUCAGUGGAUACCACACUUACAAUUACGGAUGGCUUGUUGAUCAAAUCAUAAGGCAUACGGAUGAGAAGAAACGUGGAAUUGGACAGUUUUUGAGAGAGGAAAUCACCCAGCCCAAUGGUAUUGACUUUCAUAUUGGCUUGGAUCUCAAGGAAGAAUACCGAGUGGCUCGCGUAACUCCGCUUCCUGUUCUUGAAACAAUACGAGAGAUUAUCAAAAAUCCCCGUCUUGGCAUCAUGAUAUACAACCUAAUCACUGCAAACAAGAACAGCCCCUUCGCGCGCUCCAUCGCAAACCCAUCAUGGGCCGAUAUGGUCUCGAAAUGUACCAUAAAUAACCCUGAGCACCAUACCCUAGAACAAGCAGCAGCGUUUGGCAUUGGAAACGCACGAUCAUUAGCACAGAUUUUCAGCUUGUUUAUCAACGGACGCAUCGUCAGUGAAAAGACUCUGAAGCUGUUGGAAAAGCCUAUAAGCAAUGAGACGGACUAUGUUAUAAAACUGCCCAUGGUCAAGGGACAUGGCUUUUUCUACUAUCCACCUGUAGUGGAAGGAGUAAGUCAUAAGCACCCAAUAAUAGGACAUGCUGGUCACGGAUGUCAGCAGGUAGUCAUGGACUUGGAUAGAAAAAUCGUCAUUGCUUACGUCACUAACGGAGUCAAGAUGGGAAUGUACGACGCCUGUAGAACUUAUGCUCGUUUACAUCAUGCUGUUUACGAUGUUAUUAGGCGAUCUUGAUCUCGUUGUUGGUUCGCUGUACUUACAAUCGGGUAAUUUAGCUUGAAAUAGGUUCUCCAAAGUGUUUUUCUUGUUUUUUCGACUAAAAGCGAAUGCCAAUUCUUUUACGUCAAAUAAGCAAAAUUUUUGUAAGAGAGCUAUUUUGCUCAAUGAGCCUGAUUCAAUG